GAAAGAGACACAGAUUUUUUUUCUUUUUCACAGUUUUUUUGGACACAAAAUUGAGACCAUUAAAUAAACAGAAACAUUUAUAACCACCCAUCCUUUAAAGUUAAGAGAAAGGUACUCCUACAAAACAGCAAUUUCACUAGCAUUGUUCAAUUCAUUUGUUGGUCUUUGUGCCAACCAACAAAAGAGCAAAGAAAAAGUAGAAAAAAAAAACACCAAAUGUCUGCUGCUUGUGGAAGUUUACAACAUAUAUUUGAGAAGCCAUUACCUGAAAAUCCAUCACUGAUUGAAUCCAUUUCAUCUUCAUGGAAUCAGUCUAAAUCAUUGAAACCUAUAGAUGACUCUUCAUUUACUGAGAUUUUCGGCGAAUUACAUUUCAAAGAAAACAACUCUGUUACCUUGUCUACAUCCUCCUCCUUUUCGUCUUCGUCUGUUGGUUCAUCUUCAUCUUCUUUUUCUUCUUGUCUACCUUUGUCAUCUGCAUCAUCAUCGUUUUCUUCUACUUCUUCGUCGUUUUUCCUUGAUGCAAUUCAUCAAUCUGAAAUUGAAGGGCUUGACAAUAAUAAGGACAAGUAUGAAAGAUAUAACAAGAGUCCUGUGUCAAGUUACUCUCCAAUUACAAGCAACAAGAGUAAACAGGACAGGCAUAGUGAGAGCUUGUCAUCAAGAACAUCAGAUAGCUUAUCGAUGUGCACAGAAGGACUUGGAUUCGAGAGCUCUGAUGAUAUUGAGGAUCUAAUGAAAGAUUUGGGAAAUGAAGAUCUUCCUCAUAAUCAUCAUCAUCAUCAACAAGAACAAGAACAAGAACAAGAACAAAAACAACAAGGUAGGAGGACGCGGAUAUCUUGCAGGCUAGAGAAUCGAGUGUUUUUCAAUCAAGAUUAUAAUUCUAAGAGAUCAAGAACGAAAAAGAGGUCAUCAUUUCCACCUCCCAUUUCUUGCAUAGGAAGAAGUGGGAAGCCAUGGGUUUGCUUCAAAUCAUUCAGGGAAGAUGGAAGGUUUAUACUAAAAGAAAUUCGAAUUCCCACUCAGGAAUUUCUACAUGCAUGCAGAGAAGAUGGACGCUUGAUGAUGCACGUUAUUCAAUCCGAUGAUGAGAUUGUAGACGAAGAUGAAGAUGAUGAAGAUGAAAACGAAGAUGAUGAUGGUGAUAAUAAUGAUGGAAAUAAUGUUGAAGAAGGACAUGAUAAUAAGCAUGUAUAGGAGAUAAACAUCAUCAAAACAUGCUGUUUUUGUUUCAUAGUUAUUUCUUUUUCCUUUCUGUUUUGGUUUUCUUGUGUCUUUCUAUAUUCCAACGUUGCAGGAAGCUGCAAGAUGAUGUUUCAAAGCUCUGCUUUUUU